AUGAACUGCCUAUCUGUGAAUUUAAGAGGGGCUCGGGGUGAUCGGAAAGCAGACUGGAUUAGGGGUCUCAAGACGAGUUAUGGAAUUCAUUUCUUAGCUAUUCAGGAGACAAAGCUACAAGAUUCUAGUUCUUUUAUGUUCAGCAAGUUCUGGGGCAGAGCCGAAUUCAGAAUAGCAGUGGUAAAUUCCACUGGAAGAUCGGGGGGUCUAGCGUGCAUUUGGUGUCCUACAAUAUUCAGGUGUGUGAAUACAAUUCAAAAUAGGAAUUUUAUUGUGGUGUCGGGCAGGUUGGUACAGUCUGGGUGCAUGAUAAAUUUGGUGAAUGUAUACGCUCCAAAUGAUGCAAAUGGUAGGAGGGCAUUAUGGUCGGAAAUAUUGGGUAUUAGAAAUUCAAUACAAGGGUUGUGGAUAAUGAUGGGGGAUUUUAAUGAAGUUCGGGAUUCUAGCGAAAGGAUGAAUUCGGAAUUUUUUGAAGCAAAUGCGGAGGCUUUUAAUCAAUUCAUUCUUUCGGCUGGAUUAGUCGAGUAUAAUAUGGGCGGGGGCAGUUUCACUUACAUAUCAGAUAACGGAACAAAAUUGAGCAAGCUGGAUCGGUAUUUGGUGUGUCUCGGUUUCAGGGAGAGGUGGCCGAAUGCAGCUGUGAUUGCUUUAGAAAGGGAAGUUUCGGAUCACCGACCAAUUGUGUUGUCGACUGUGCAGACCGACUUUGGGCAUAUCCCGUUCAGGUUCUUUAAUUCUUGGUUUGAACUACCGGGUUUUUAUGAUUUUGUGAUACAAAAGUGUAGUACGUUCAAUUUUUCGGGGCCGGCAGAUUUGGCCCUUGCUAUUAAGUUAAGGUGGUUAAAAGACAACAUAAAGGCUUGGCUAACGGUGGACAAAGUAAACAUGGAUGGAUUAUAUUGCAGUAAAAAGAGUCGGUUAGCUGAGAUCGAACGUGUGGCGGAAGAUAGGAUGUAA